AUCUCUUUCGGUUUAGCAGCUCGUCUGGUGUGUUUUGCAAAUAUGGCUGUACCAAGAAUGGAUUCUUUUAAGACUGUCUUAAAGUUCUUCACCGAUCAGAAGACCACUAUUGGCUACAGCGUCAUGGCUAUUUUGACAAUAGGCAGUGAACGAAUUUUCUCCAUGGUGUCUUUUCAGUGUCCCUGCACCAAAGGACAGAAUUUUCCCUAUGGGAUUUGUUUUCUGCUCGGACCUGCUGUCGUCUUACUGGUAGUCGGUUUCUUUGUUAGCACACGUUUCUGGCGGUUAUAUACUGGGUGUUGUCUGAACCCCCUCAAACUCUGCCCCCGAGGAAACUUUGUGGGAUGCUUAAAAGGUUUAAUAAAGGUGUUGUAUGGAGCCUGCGUUGCCCCUGUCAUGUGGCUUACUGUAGCCCUGUUAAAUGGAACCUUCUAUGAGUGUGCUGUCAGUGGAUUGGAUGAAGUUGCGGUGAUCCAAAUUUUUUGCGCAGAUAAGGGAUCUGUAUGCCAGGAUGAGCUACACCGAGUGCCCUGCGGCAAAUCCACACUUCCUCCUGAGCAAAAUACGGAACUGCUGUAUAUGCUGCGAGCUCAGUCACAGAUCCUCGGCUGGUCCGUCAUCAUUACAGCAGUAGUAAUAGCGCUGAUCGGGACUUGCUAUAAGAACUGUGUCUCUCAAGUAAGCUACCUUCAGCUAACUUUCUGGAAGAUCUACAUGGAGAAAGAAAGGGAAAAGUUUGACGCUUUUGCAAACGACUAUGCCACCAAACUAGCAGAUCGUAACCUCAAGAGUUUCUUUGACAACAAAUUGCCAGAAGAAUUUCCCUUUCCGAAUCACAAAGCCUGGGAGGAGAUCUCCGCUAUUUACAAUUUCAGGAAAAGUGAACAGCACUACAGCACACUGCAGAGAUACGUGGAGCGCAGCGAUCGGGACUACUCCCCUGAUGAGCAUCCAAUGGUUGAGAUGGACCAUGGCAUAGAGAUGGUAUAGGCUUCAUGGACUGCUGCUAAAUCUAUGAAAAAAGAUUUCUCCAGUACAAUGUGUGUGUGAAUGAGAGUGUGUGUUUUCCAUCACUGGGGGUUCAUGAGUUAAUGUACUCUCAUUGCUGGGUUGCGGCUGGAAAGGACAUUCUCUGCAUAAAACAUACCAGAGAAAUUGGCAGAUCAUUCUACUGUGGUGACCCCUGAUAAAUCACGGACUACGCCGCAGGACAGUGAGGGAUUCCCAGAAUAUUGGCCUUAAGACUGACAACAACUGUGAAUAUUGGCAGAAUGACAGUUUUGUUUGUUAGCUACAGUCUAUAUUGAAAAUCAGUCGACUAAAAGUUUUUUUGGUGUUAUGUUUACAUUUAGUCAGUUAGAAAAUGCUUUAUCCAAAGAUUUGUGCUACUAAUACAAAGUUUCUGAUUUUAUUAGAAAGAAACAAGCUACGUUUCGUGUGUCAGAGUCCAUGGCAUUAUUUAAAAUGCAUAUAUGUUGUACUUUUUACACUCGUAUUAAGCCAACACAAGUCUGUUGGCAGGUUUAAGUGUGAUGCUUUCAGUUUCAGGGUCCAAUUUCCAUAUUGUGUGAAUGUUGCUUUUCAGAUUUUGCAAAUUAAAAAUCUCAGGACAUUUUUUAUUUAUUUAAUUUUUGAGUCAUUUAGCUUUCUGGGUGAAUCAAGAGCUCUUAUAAAAAUCUUUGUUGCAAUAUCCAUAUUUUAAGUAUGUUUAAUGUUAACUUCAAAGACCUUUGCAUAUUUAAUAAUUAUAUGUAACUCUUACGUUGUACAAAAUUGAUUAAAAUAUAAAAUACUGUCACA